CAAAUUGCGAUGCAACGGGUCCCCACUCCAUCCAUAAUUCCCUCGUACUCUGCUGAUCCAUACUCGAGGGGCCGAGAGAGGAGGAAAGAAACAGAGGGAAAGGAAAAUGGUCUUAACCUCUGCUUCCUCUGUCCUAAUUUCCCCAUUCUCCUUCCCCUCAAGGAAAAAACCUCUUGUAGCCUGUCCCACCAUUCCUCCUACCAAAGAACCAUCUCAAUGGUUCCAAUUCCCCUCGCGUAACCUGCGCCCGACUCCUUUCAGAACCCUCAAAUGCUUAUCCCGGAGGCAGUCCACUGAAGAGUUCGAGAGGCUCUUCUCCAACCUCAACCAGGCUACCAUGAAAAGAGAGCCAGGUAGCGUUACCAGUGCGAUAUUUUUGGUGGCUGGCACGACGGUAGGUGCAGGUAUCCUUGCUAUCCCUGCAGUCACACAAGAAGCUGGAUUUCUGGCCUCUGCAAUAACAUGCAUUCUUUGCUGGAUAUAUAUGGUUGUGACAGGAUUGUUGAUUGCAGAAGUAAAUGUGAAUACAAUGUGUGAGCUUGGUUCUGGAGGUGUCUCAUUGGUGUCAAUGGCCAUGAGAACACUUGGAAAAAUUGGAGUUCAAAUUGCUUGCGUGUCAUACAUAUUUAUACAUUAUGCUCUUCUUGUUGCUUAUGUGGCCCGUUCUUCAGAGAUUUUGACAAAUUCCUUUGGCAUUCCAUUAUGGGAGAGUGCAACCUUGUUUUCAUUGGUUUUUGGAGGCAUAUGCUACUUUGGAAGCCAGCAAGUUAUUGGUGCCAUUAAUGGAUGUUUGGUGUUCGGUAUUAUCGUGUCUUUCGCUUCUCUUGUGGGAGUGGCAAGUAGAGACCUGCAAUGGCAUUAUCUCCUUCAGGCCCAUGUCGAGGCCAUCCCACAAAGUAUACCCAUAAUUGCACUUGCUUUUGUUUACCAGAAUGUAGUUCCAGUUCUUUGUACAAAUCUCGAGGGGAACUUGUCGAAAGUCAGGACUGCAAUUGUCCUUGGCACUGCUGUUCCCCUUGUUCUGUUUCUUAUUUGGGAUGCUGUUAUUCUUGGAACUAUACCGAAUCUGAGUGCAAGCAGCAGUUAUGUCAGUGACCCAUUAGAGCUGCUACGAUCCAACAAUGGAAUCAUUGGACCCAUUGUUGAGGCAUUCUCAUUUCUUGCAAUAGCCACAUCAUACAUUGGAUUCGUUCUAGGACUUUCAGACUUUGUUUCUGACUUGCUUAAACUGCCAAGUGGCCAGACUAAACCUCUACCAUAUCUGCUGACUUUACUACCACCUCUGGUGUUAUCAUUGCUUGAUCCAGAGAUAUUUUUCAAAGCCUUGGAUUUUGCUGGAACUUAUGGAGUUUUGGUGCUCUUUGGAGUUAUUCCAGCUGCAAUGUCUUGGUCAGAGAGAUAUUCAGAUGGUUCACAAUCUCCAAGGCUUCCCCCACUGGUUCCUGGUGGAAAAUUAACUCUCUCCAUUGUCCUUGGAGGUGCCCUGGUUGUUAUAUUCUCAGAGAUAUACAAGGAUGUCAUAAACCAAUAGAAUAGAAGAUGACACAUUAGUAUAAUAGGAGAAAAAAGCAACAGCCCACAAGAAAAUCUCCCUUGGAACGUCUCAGAUCUCUUAAAUUUGUUAUGCAUUGCCAUGUAAAAUAUCAUAAUUUAACAUUUUGUUGCUUUUUGAUUUUAUGCUCGCGAGAACUGGUGAUUUGGUUUCAUAAAUCAAAAUUGCUUCUUUGUUGGUUCAUUCCAAGUCGUGGGAAUUGAAUAAACAACGGAUAUGGUUAAUUCCCUGGUUGUCUCAGAAUUCUCUAAAUCAAACACCACUUUCUUCUCCAUUUCUCUAAAUCGAAGUUUGCUUCCAAAUUAUACUUCAAAUGUACAACAAUUUGACUGCCUUUUUCCCAGGGUGAACUGAUUCUUCAGAUUUCACGCAACACUCGAUGCCAAUUCAAGGAGAGUUACCAAGUUGAAAGGCCGUCACAUGAAUUUUCUUAAACUCUUCUUUGAUCCAUUAAGCUUAAUUUGCGUGAAUGAAAUUGCAGGUUUAAGAAACCAUUCCUACAGUUACGAGCUUAGUAAAGACGAGCUACAACAAUGAUGUCCUCCUUUUUCUUCCAAACCCUUCUUGAAGCUUUCAACGAGAGUUCAGCAUUGAUUCACUGCAUUUAUUCAAACUAAAAGGCAGUCUUAAAAAA